CUUCGCCAGUUACUGUGGACUUAAAGACUCGCAAACCUCAGGCAACUAUGUGUUCAAACACAAUUGACACACACUACACACACAAGAGGACAAAGACUGUCAGGCGCAUGACAUUUGAUCUGUUUGUUCUUAAUGAGAAGUCUUGACGGAAACCCAUUUCGCGAACAUCCAUUUUCUUGCAGUGUUUUAUUCCUCGGCAAGGCUUGAGCAGGAAGGCUAAAGAUGGUGAGGAGCCGUGUGGAGAAGACAGGAGGUGAGGGGAAGCCCCAAAGCCACAAAUGGACAGAUAACGAACAUGGCAUCCGUCCAUGCGAUGCUUCACCGCUUCCAGCAGCAUCAGCGCUGAAUACAAGUGAACCAAACUCCCCCACCGCUGCCCUCACCGGGGUCAGUGUGGAGGCACGGAACUACCAUGUUAACACCGAGCAAAUGGCAGCCUUACCAGCAGGUCCAAAGUCUCAGAAAGCCAAGGGUGAUAAAAGAUACUUGGGUGUCAGAGUGAGAAUGCCAGUGAGAGACAUGCUCAGGAACUUUCGCAUAGCCAACGGCAUGGACCCCAAAGAUCUGCAGCAGAAAGAAAACAAAAAAUCAAAAGGGGAGAAAAAGCGAGUCAACACAAGCGGCGAUCGGAGAAAUAGACUGAAAAAAUGGCAAACAAAGAGUUUGGAAGAACUUGCUAUUAUAGUGGAGGUGCUAGAAGAAGAUCUUAAGACCAGUACAUCCCCCAAACAACCAACUGAGCAGCCGUCAUCUACCCUCUGCCCGGAGCAGAGAGACAAGAGCUGGUGUAAACACAGAUCUCAGCAACAUCACUUGGAUGAGUUACCUCCAAAUUCAUGUUUCUGUGAAACCAAUAAAAAGUUUCCCACACGGUCCACCGAAGUCAACAACUCCGUCCCGUUCUGGGCUUAUAGCCAGACCGCUGCUCCUUUAUCAGACAGUCAGGGGGAAUAUCACAGAUUUGAGUCAGCUUACUGUAGACGCAGGGCUGAGCCUGGAAUGAUCUGCUCUCCUGGUUACAGCGAAUACCAGGUGCCCUCCCCCCAAGACACAAGUUAUUUUAGCCCCAAGAUGGAGCACUGGUGGGGUUCCCCUGAGACGAUUGGUCCGACAUAUCCCUACUCAGUGCAGGAGGAGUGGAACAGCGCAACAUUCUUCUGGGCCCAAAUGGAAAGACAGGAGCGCAUACUGAGGGAUAUGUCUGACAAAGACCUUCUGUCUCUGGAUGAGUACGGUAGAACACUGCUACACAGAGCUGUUGACGAGGGGAAAAGAGCUCUUGUGUAUGUGAUUGCCAAAAGGAUGGCACAUCUAAAGAAACUGGAUACUAAAGAUACAGAGGGAAAGACCCCUCUACACGUAGCAGCUCAGAGAAAUCAACACCUCAUAGUUGCAGAUUUAAUUUCCCUCGGUGCAAACAUCAACGAAAGGGAUCGGUAUGGAAAGACGUGCCUCCACCUCAGUGCAGAAUAUGGAUAUGUCAGAGUUUUGGAGGUGCUGAAAAGCUGCAUGAAAAACGGAAUAUAUAUAGACCUGGAGGCCAGAGAUAUGAAUGGGCUCAGUGCGUUGCAGCAUGCGUCAGUAUCUCUGAAGAGUACAGUGUGCGAGCUGGAGAGGAGCGUCACUGUGGGUGAAACCAAGCUGCACUCCCUGCGGAAAGAGCAAAUGAUGGAAACAUUGGAGUGUCUUCUGCAGAUGGAAUGCAGCUUGCAAUGCCAGGUCAUCUAGAAGUGGUUUGUCCAGUCACGCACUUGCUUCUGACAGGAUGAGUGGCGUCUGCCGAAGAAGGCAGUGCUGUUACCUGACGGUAAAUGUUUUUGGGUUAAUACAAGUUUUAACCUGCCACAGAAAAAGCAUAAUUGCAUGUUUAGAAACAUUUUACAUUUUAGUAGAGUAGGUACCGUUUCUGUGGCGUGGUAAAAGCUAUGUAUUAUGCAACCAGAGGUUUUGUGAAGUGAUAACACAGGGGGUAAGCUUUGUGUUUCACUGUUUACAUAAUAAUACAAUGGUUGUGCAUCAGCUGGUUUCUGUGAAACUUCCCACUGUUUGUUACAUUUAAGUAGCAAAAUAUUUCAUAAAAAUGUGGCAUGAUCUGCAAGUCUGUUUGUUGUCACUUUAAAGCGGCACUCCAGCCAAAAUGAAUACAUGAUCUGUUCUGAGCACACCCUCAGGGAGUUGCGGAGUCGGCUAAUGCAUGAAUAACUUUAAUGUUAGGAAGGUGUGGAAGGGAUUCCCAAUGGCUGUAUGGCGUGAUUAGGUAAUAAAAAGAAUACUGAUCGAUAAAAACAACUGAAUUUACCAAAACCGUGAAUUCUGUCACAUUAAUGGGACUGAGGGAUAAAAUGUUGCUCGGCAGAAAAUUACAUAGCAUGAUACGUAUUAAAUGCUAUUGUUUGGCUGCAAUGCCCCUUUAACAGGUGAGGUUCUUAAACUUUAUGCAUCAGAUAUUAAGGAAUCUUAAAAAGACAUACAGAUACAUGCCAUGUUAACAUAAGGUUACGUGAACUUUUUGAAUCACUUUAUGUCAUGUUUUUGUUUCCUAAAGCUCUGCAAAUUUGAGUGAUGUUUACCAGUACCUUGAACAUCAGUUAAAUGUACAGAGCCUUACUUUGUUUAAAAAAAAACAAAAAAAAAAAACAUUUGGACAACAUUUGAAAUUAUAUUGCCUUAUUUACAUGGGGGACAUGGGGCUUUGGCUAUUCAGUGCAAAUGUUAGUGCUGUUGCAUUUAUACAUGUAAGUAAUAAUGUGGUUAGUUAAAAGGAAUGUAUUAGUAAUGUUUUGUCAUAUCAAAUCUUUAGGUAAAGUG